AGUGGGCAGGAGCGUGGGCGGAGCUCCGCCCACGCCCGCCCGGCGCACCGCCUGCGGGGCGGUGACUGGCCCAGCUGCUCCGCUUCCCCACCGCCCCGCAGGCCCCGAGCCCUCGAAUUCCCAGCGCUGCCGGCUCCCGAGUGCCGGUGUGCCAGCUGUGUGAGAUGACGCUCAAGGCCAGCGAGGGCGAGGGUGGGGGCAGCAUGCGCACGGCCCUCUCUGACCUCUACCUGGAGCACUUGCUGCAGAAACGUAGCCGGCCGGAGGCUGUGUCACACCAGUUGAAUGCUGUAACUGAGGACAUGUACACCAAUGGUUCUGCGGCCCCAGGUAGCCCUGCCCAGGCCAAGGGGCAGGAGGUGCGGAAAGUGCGACUCAUACAGUUUGAGAAGAUUACAGAGGAGCCCAUGGGUAUCACUCUGAAGGUGAAUGAAAAAAAAUCCUGUACAGUGGCCAGAAUUCUUCAUGGCGGCAUGAUUCACAGACAAGGCUCACUUCACGUGGGGGAUGAGAUCCUAGAGAUCAAUGGCACAAAUGUGACUAAUCAUUCAGUAGAUCAGCUACAGAAGGCAAUGAAAGAAACAAAAGGAAUGAUCUCAUUAAAAGUAAUUCCCAGCCAGCUAAGUCGUCUUCCUGCACUACAGAUGUUCAUGAGAGCUCAGUUUGACUAUGAUCCCAAAAAGGACAAUCUGAUCCCUUGCAAGGAGGCGGGACUGAAGUUUGUUACUGGGGACAUAAUUCAGAUCAUCAACAAGGAUGACAGCAACUGGUGGCAGGGGCGGGUGGAAGGCUCCUCCAAGGAGUCAGCAGGAUUGAUUCCUUCCCCAGAGCUGCAAGAAUGGCGAGUGGCAAGUGUGGCUCAGUCAGCGCCACCUGAGGCCCCAAGUUGCAGUCCCUUUGGGAAGAAGAAGAAGUACAAAGACAAGUACCUGGCCAAGCACAGCUCAAUUUUUGACCAGUUGGAUGUUGUUUCAUACGAGGAAGUUGUUCGGCUGCCUGCAUUCAAGAGGAAGACCCUGGUGCUGAUUGGAGCCAGUGGGGUAGGUCGCAGCCAUAUUAAGAAUGCCCUGCUCAGCCAGAAUCCAGAAAAGUUCGUGUACCCUGCCCCGUACGGAUGCCCUGCAGCAACUGCAGAGGGAUUCUGAAGCCAUCCGCAGCCAGUAUGCUCACUACUUUGACCUGUCUCUGGUCAACAAUGGCGUUGAUGAAACCCUCAAGAAAUUGCAAGAAGCCUUUGACCACGCAUGCAGUUCUCCACAGUGGGUGCCUGUCUCCUGGGUUUACUAAGUUCACAGAAUGUGGAGACCCUUCUGCUCCUCUCCAGCAUUUAUAACUCCAUUCUCCUUGCUUUAAGACAAACAGGGAUACUCCAACUAGUUUUGAUUCAAGCUUCCAGCUCUCUGCAACUACUCUAAUUAAGCUAUUAGGAUUCUGUCUUCUUGGGUGGGGAUUUGAUUUUUCUGAUGGGGCCCCAUUAAUUUGGAUUUCAAAAGAUCUCUUGAAAUUAGGAGUAAAAAGUACUAUCAGAAUGUAACUACUAGGCUGGGCAUGAUGGCUCACACCUGUAAUCUUAGUACUCUGGGAGGCCAAGGUGGGUGGAUUGCCUGAGCAAGAG